AGUUAACAUUUUUUCAUAUAUGUUACGUCACAGACUCGCACAUAUUUGGUAAAAGGACACAUCUGUUGUUUGUAUUCUUUACAAUGAGAAUCUAAUAAACAAGAUUCGUCUGUGUCUGGUUACAAAACUAUAAAUACAAGCACACAUUAUAAACUGUAUCAAUAAAACCUGCAAUGGAUCCAGAAUUAAACACUAACCUUAUUAUCUUCAUCAAAUCCUUUGUUUUUGCAUUCAUGCUUUAUGCUCUCUUCAAAUGGUUCUUGAAGAAGCAAGAUUCAAUGGCUGCUACGAAGCUGCCACAGCCCUCAGCUUUACCAUUCAUUGGUCACCUUCAUUUGAUAGGCAAAGUAUUGCCUGUCUCAUUCCAGAACCUAGCUCGCAAGUAUGGCCCACUCAUAGAGAUACGUCUCGGUGCUUCUAAGUGCGUUGUGGUCUCCAGCUCUUCGGUGGCGAGAGAAAUUUUCAAGGAGCAAGAGCUUAAUUUCUCCUCGAGACCUGAGUUUGGUUCUGCUGAGUAUUUCAAGUAUAGAGGGUCCAGAUUCGUCCUUGCGCAGUAUGGAGGUUACUGGAGGUUCAUGAAGAAGCUGUGCAUGACUAAGCUUCUUGCUGUUCCACAGCUGGAGAAAUUCGCUGACAUCCGUGAGGAAGAGAAACUGAAGCUGGUCGAGUCUGUGGCUAAGUGUUGCAGAGAAGGGUUGCCUUGUGACUUGAGUAGCCAGUUCAUAAAAUACACCAACAAUGUCAUCUGCAGGAUGGCGAUGAGCACGAGGUGUUCAGGUACUGAUGAUGAAGCGGAAGAGAUAAGGAAACUGGUGAAGACAAGUUUAGAGCUUGCGGGGAAGAUCAGUGUAGGAGAUGUGUUGGGACCAUUGAAAUUACUGGAUUUUUCUGGGAACGGGAAGAGAUUAGUGGCUGUAAUCGAAAAAUAUGACCUGCCUGUAGAGAGGAUUAUGAAGGAACGUGAGGCAAACACGACAAUUAAAGAUGGUACCAGAAAGGAUAUUUUGGAUAUAUUGUUGGAAACAUACAGAGAUCCCACUGCUGAAAUGAAGCUAACGAGGAAUGACAUGAAAUCUUUCCUGCUGGUAUGUUUCCUCUCACCUGUCAAUAGAAUCCAUUUUUCAAUUUGAUUAUUCUGAUAUGAUUAAACUCUGCUGCAUGAAACUUUUGUAGGAUGUUUUUAUGGCGGGAACAGA